AGAAGUGAGAACCGAGCGGGAGGGCAGGCGACAAGCCGCGCGAAAAGCAAACUGGGACGGCGCGCCGCAACUCGGUCGGUGCCGGGGAUGAGCUCGUCGACGUCCGCCCGCGACGAUGACGCGCCGGACCUCGUGUGCCAGAUCGACUGCGUCCACGGCAUGGUCGACGCGCUCUCCUCCGUCCGCUGGAAGCGCCACCAGGACGCGGUGAUGGAGCUGUCGGCGCACGGGAUCGUGCUCACCGUCGAGGAGAGCGGCUGCCUCCAGGCCAAGGUCUUCCUCAAGCGCGAGCUGUUCGUGGAGUACGAGUAUGCGGGGGAAGGGCGGGAGCGCUUCGGGCUUAGCUUGGGGCUCUUCGUCGACUGCCUCAACAUCUUCUCAGCACCGGGGCAUGCGUCCGCGGUCGAGAUCCGGUACCCUGGACCUGACAUGCAGCUUCUCCUCAAAUCAGUGGAUUCCCAAGAUGCAUGUCUAUAUGCAGAAAUCAGAACCCGAAUUCCAGAUACAAUCUCCUGGGAUUACAAUUUUGAGCAUGAGGGAAAUACUCCAGUCACCUUUACCGUUAAGUCUGCUGUCCUGAAAGAAGCGCUCGAUGAUCUUGAGUGGCCAGGUUCCAGCAUUCAGAUUCGAAUGCAACCAGAUCCUCCAACAGUUGUAUUCAAAGGUGAAGGUCAUGGUGACUUGCAGGUCGAAUUCCCCUAUUAUGCAAACACCGACCUUCUAAUUGUGUUCCAAUGUGACCGUGAAGUGUCAUACAGGUACAAAUACAAAUUUCUUCGAGCAACUACCUCGAAUAUCCCCAGUAGUGUCAUGAAGGAGAAUCGUAGGACUAAGGUCACAAUUGGGAGGGGAGGGAUGCUGAAAAUCCAACACCUGGUUUCACUUGCCAGGCCAGGUAUGCCAUACUUCCGUAAUAUUGGUGGAGGAACUGAACAGACAAGCCGAAUCGCUCAUAUAGAAUUCUUUGUGAAGCCAGAAGAAAAUGAUAAUGAUGCCUAGCAUUUGUAGAGUGUGUUAUUGGUCUGUAUCAUCUAGUAGAGCUAGUUUGUCGUCACAUUAAUUACUAAUUUCAGCUCUUGUUUGAGAAACACCUUGUUUGAGUGUGAGGUCUUAGUUUCUGAACUUGCUACUGUCAGACAGGCAUCCUGUUACUAGUCAUGUGAAUCCUGUUACAAUCAGACAUACAACAUGUUGUUCCGAAUCAUGUGAAUCACAAGUUUCUGUUUUUUGAUU